AUGAAGACCAUUCACAGUCUUUCAUGGCUAUCCGCCCUUUCAUCAUUGUUGUCCAAUGGUGCUGGAGUCAAUGCGCAGAGCGACGCGCUGAGCCAAUGGCCAGUACAUGACAAUGGUCUAAACGAUGUCGUUCAAUGGGAUCACUAUAGUUUCAAAGUUAACGGCAAGAGACUGUUCGUCUUCUCUGGCGAGAUUCACUAUUGGAGAAUUCCGGUCCCUGAAGUUUGGCGAGACCUGUUGGAAAAAAUCAAGGCUGCUGGCUUUACCGCCUUUGCUUUCUACGGCAAUUGGGGCUAUCACAGUGUGAACAAUCACACGAUGGACUUUUCGACAGGAGCGCACGACUUCACGAAAUUGUUCGAUAUUGCCAAAGAGCUCGGCUUAUAUGUCAUCACACGACCUGGUCCAUACGUCAACGCUGAGGUCAACGCAGGUGGCUUUCCUUUGUGGCUUACCACUGGCGCGUACGGUGCUUUGAGAGUUGACGACCCUCGAUAUCUGGCUGCUCUCGACCCAUAUUUCUCCAAAUACUCCGCUCUCACUAGCAAGCAUCUCGUGAGCAACGGCGGAAACGUUAUCGUCUAUCAGAUCGAGAAUGAGUACGGUAGCCAGUGGUUGGAUACCGUGAAAAAAAUCGCCAAUGCCCCCGCCGGACGAUACAUGGAGUUUUUGGAGGACACAGCCCGGGCCAAUAGUAUUGACAUUCCGCUCAUCCAUAAUAAUCCAAACUUGAAUUCAAAGUCUUGGUCAGAAGACUUCGCCCCGAAUGCUACCGGAAACGUAGACGUUGCCGGACUUGAUAGCUACCCCUCGUGCUGGUCUUGUAAUCUAGACGAGUGCACAGGCACGAAUGGAGAGUAUGUUGCAUACCAGGUAAUCGACUAUUACGACUAUUUCAAGGAGGUUUCGCCUACGCAACCCAGUUUCUUUCCUGAAUUUCAGGGAGGCUCUUACAACCCAUGGGGUGGCCCCGAGGGUGGGUGCCCAGCCGAUAUUGGUGCCGAUUUCGCAAACUUGUUCUACCGCAAUCUUAUUUCUCAACGCGUUACGGCACUCAGUCUGUACAUGAUGUAUGGAGGAACCAAUUGGGGCGCUUUGGCGUGCCCAGUUGUAGCCACUUCGUAUGAUUAUUCCAGCCCGAUCAGCGAGAACCGCAAAAUCGACAGCAAAUACUAUGAGACCAAGAACCUGGCAAUGUUUACACGAGUCGCCGAGGAUCUGACAGUCACCGAACGUCUUGGUAACAAUACGGCUUACACGACGAACACCGCUGUUCAAGCUAGUGAGCUUCGCAACCCUGAUACGAACGCCGCCUUCUAUGUCACCAUCCACUCAUAUUCGCCUUCUGGUACCGACGAAUCGUUCAAGCUUCACGUUCGCACAUCGAUCGGUAACCUCACGAUCCCUCGGCUAGCUGGUUCGAUUGCCCUGAAGGGACACCAGGCUAAGAUCCUGGUCACUGACUUCGCAAUUGGAAACCAAACACUCACCUACUCGACGGCCGAAGUUUUGACAUACUCAAUCGUCGACGCUAAACCUAUUGUCGUGCUAUCCACUGGAGUUGGCGAAUCCGUUGAAUUCCAUAUCAAGGGUGCUACCCAUGGCAGUGUCGUUAGCAAUGGAGCAAAGUCAAACGCGACAUUCCACUCCGACAGCCACGGCACCACAGUUAACGUUAGACCAGUGUCCGGUAUGACUGUCUUCAAGUUCAGCAAUGGCGUCAAGGUUGUUCUUGCAGACAAGCCAACUGCCUAUCUGUUUUGGGCUCCCAAUCUAUCAAACGAUCCCCUUGCACCCGUUGAUCAGUCAGUAUUGGUUCAAGGCCCAUAUCUUGUACGCGGCGCUACCAGCGAGGGCGAAGUGCUAGCUCUGAAGGGUGACAUCACGAAGACGACCACGAUUGAAGUUUUCGCAUCCGAGUGCGUUAGUUCACUUGCGUGGAACGGCAAGAAGCUUCAGACUACUCGUACGCCAUACGGCACCCUGAAGGCAGUUGUUGCAGCUUUCAAUGGAACUAUCCAGCUUCCGUCUCUGGACACUUGGAAAGUCAACGACGGGCUUCCCGAGCGCCUUGCCGACUACGACGACACGACUGAUGCGUGGGUCAAGGCCGAUCACCUGACAACCCCAAACCCUCAGAAGCCUGACACACUCCCUGUCCUGUACACCGACGACUAUGGCUUUCACAACAACUUCCAUCUCUUCCGUGGAUACUUCGAUGGCUCAGCAACAGGCGUCAAGCUUGCUGUCCAAGGUGGUCUUGCCUUUGGCUGGAGUGCGUGGCUCAACGGCGCCUUUGUUGGAUCCUAUCUUGGCAACUCAACCGUAGGAACCGGCAAUAUGACGCUGUCAUUCGCCAACAUGACCAUGCACGCAAAUGGAAAGAACGUCUUACUCGUAGCGCAAGAUAACUCUGGACACGAUCUGCGCAGCGACGCUGUAAAGCCCCGUGGAAUCCUCGGAGCCACACUCCAGGGGGCCAACUUCACAGAGUGGAAGAUUGCCGGUGAAGCCGGCGGCGAAGAUGUUCAGCUGGACCCUCUACGUGGCACCUUGAGCGAAGGUGGCCAGAUUGCUGAGCGUCUCGGAUGGCACCUUCCUGGCUUCGACGACUCAACGUGGAACUCGAGCACCCCAACUACUGGUUUCACUGGUGCUGGUAUCAACUUCUACCGCACAGUCGUCCCUCUUCACGUUCCUGAAGGCGUUGACGCAUCGUUUGCAUUUGUACUUAACGCUCCUGCCUCCAAGAUGAUCCGUGUCCAACUCUAUGUCAACGGAUACCAAUACGGACGUUUCAACCCAUGGGUCGGUAACGAGGUCAAGUUCCCCGUGCCGCCGGGUGUUCUUAACUAUGCUGGUGACAACGUCAUCGGAUUGAGUGUUUGGGCACAGUCCGAGGAGGGCGGAAAGGUGGAUAUCAAAAUGGAGCAGGAGUAUGCGGUCGAGAGCAGCUGGAGCUCCAACUUCGAGUCUGAGUACUUGAGGCCUGGAUGGACCGAGGAUAGGUUGGCCUAUGCCUAG